CUCUGGAGGACAUGCGCCGGGGACUCGACACGUGAUCCGCGCGCCACAAUCCAGUAUGGCGGAAUCCGUCUGUGAGUGGAUCCGUCGUUGGCGCGCUCUCCAACGGGAAUAAAGUCCGGAGCGUUGCGUCCGAACGCGGUGAAGCUGCGGAGAGUUUAAACUUAUCGAGUGAAGAAGAAACAACAAACCUAAAGAGCUGGAUUACAACCAAAAGGAGUGCUAUGAGUUUCUGAGAUUGCUCUUCUUUCCACUCCUGACUCAUCUUCCCAUUGGGCAGUGGAUGGUGAAGAGCCAACAGGCCCCAGAGGAGCCGUGAGGUGUUUCUCACAUCCUCAUCUGCUAGGACACACUCCUCUUUUUAUCAGUCCAGUCACUUCAAAAAGAGCCAUCACCACAAUGACUUCCCACAGCCGUCCAGAUGGACUUCCUAGUAAAGAACAGCCACUGGAACUUCUCAAGCCAUCUGGAGUCAACCACAUUCCUCCUGUUGAUGUGAGUGUGGCGCUGCCACUGCAAGUGCCACCUUCUGCCAUCCCUAUGGACCUGCGUGUGGAUCACCAAUUCGCCCUGGCGCCGACAGACCCGGCCCAGCGUGAGCAUCAGCUGCAGCAGGAGCUUCUGGCCCUCAAGCAGAAACAGCAGAUCCAGAGGCAGCUCCUGAUCGAAGAGUUUCAGCGGCAGCACGAGCAGCUCUCCCGACAGCAUGAAGCCCAGCUGCAGGAGCACGUCAAGCAUCAGCAAGAUCUGUUGGCUUUGAAGCAUCAGCAGGAGCUCCUGGAACACCAGCGCAAGUUGGAGCGUCAUCGACAGGAGCAGGAGAUGGAGAAACAGCAGCGAGAACAGAAGCUCCAGUUACUCAAAAACAAAGAGCGCGGACAAGAGAGCGCCGUGGCGAGCACUGAGGUCAAGAUGAGGUUGCAGGAGUUCGUCCUCAAUAAGAAGAAAGCGCUGGCCCAGAGGAGUCUCAACCACUGCCUGCCCAGCGACCCACGCUACUGGUACGGGAAAACCCAGCACAGCUCUCUGGACCAGAGCUCACCACCUCAGACAGGGAUUUCCACUUACAACCACCCGGUGCUGGGAAUGUACGACCCCAAAGAUGACUUCCCGCUCCGCAAGACGGCAUCUGAGCCCAAUCUAAAGCUGCGGUCCAGGCUGAAGCAGAAGGUCAGCGAGCGCAGGAGCAGCCCUCUGCUAAGGAGGAAGGACGGACCCAUCACCACUGCAAAGAAACGCUCUCUGGACAUGGCAGAGUCGGCAUGCAGCAGUGCUCCUGGCUCUGGCCCGAGUUCACCCAACAACAGCUCAAACAACAUUACCAAUGAGAACGGCAUCGCUGGAUCAAUCUCCAACAGCGCAGUGGAGCCAUCGUUGGCACACAGACUCACGGGCAGAGAGGGUCCUGUUAGCCAGCUGUCUCUGUACACAUCGCCCUCCCUUCCAAACAUCACCCUGGGUCUGCCAGCCACCGGCCCCUCCAGCGUGGCAUCGGGCCAGCAGGAUGGUGACAGGAUGGCAGUGCCAGGCUUACAGCCAGGAAUCCCCAUAACCACUCCGUUCAUGCCAGGAGCCCACCUGCCGUCAUACCUGGCCGCCUCCAGCUUGGAGCGGGAAAGCGGCUCGGCUCACAACACUCUCCUCCAGCAUAUGGUGCUUCUGGAGCAGUCGGCCGCUCAGAACUCCCUGGUCGCAGGUCUGUCAGGUGUUCCCCUGCAGUCUCAUUCCAUCCACAAGCUCCGGCAGCAUCGGCCUCUCGGACGCACCCAGUCGGCGCCGCUGCCCCAGAACUCCCAGGCUCUGCAGCAGCUGGUGGUUCAGCAGCAGCACCAGCAGUUCCUGGAGAAACACAAGCAGCAGUUCCAGCAGCAGCAGCUCCACAUCAGCAAGAUGAUGGUGAAACCGAGCGAGCCGAACCGACAGCACGAGAGCCACCCGGAGGAGACAGAAGAGGAGCUGAGGGAGCACCAGGGGCUGGGAGACCCCGCAGACCCUCUUCCUCACGGGGUCACCAUUAAACAAGAGCCUCCAGAUGAGCAGGACGAAGACUUUCAGCAGAGAGAGAGACAAGCGGAGGAGGAGCUGCUCUUCAGACAGCAAGCUCUCCUAUUGGAGCAGCAGAGAAUUCACCAGCUGAGGAACUAUCAGGCGUCCAUGGAGGCGGCCGGACUGUCCGUGUCUUUUCCAGUCCAUCGGCCUCUUUCCAGAGCACAAUCAUCCCCGGCCUCUGCCACAUUUCCCAUCGUGGUGCAGGAACCUCCGGCCAAACCACGCUUUACUACCGGUCUGGUGUACGACACACUGAUGCAGAAACACCAGUGCAUGUGUGGAAACAGUAACAUCCACCCGGAGCACGCCGGACGCAUCCAGAGCAUCUGGUCACGACUGCAGGAAACUGGCCUGCGUGGACAGUGUGAGUGUAUUCGAGGCAGGAAAGCCACUCUGGAAGAGCUCCAGACAGUCCACUCUGAGGCCCAUGUGCUGCUUUAUGGAACCAACCCUCUCAGACAGAAACUGGACAGUUCUGUGACACCCAUGUUCGUGAGACUGCCUUGCGGAGGAAUCGGGGUUGACAGCGACACAAUCUGGAAUGAAGUUCACUCAUCGAGUGCUGCUCGUCUGGCUGUGGGUUCAGUGGUGGAUCUGGUGUUUAAAGUGGCAUCAGGAGAGCUGAGGAACGGUUUUGCUGUUGUGCGGCCUCCAGGACAUCACGCUGAAGAAAGCACUCCCAUGGGAUUUUGCUAUUUCAACUCGGUCGCCAUCGCAGCCAAACUCCUGCAGCAGAGACUCAACGUCAGCAAGAUUCUCAUCGUGGACUGGGAUGUUCAUCAUGGAAAUGGGACGCAGCAGGCCUUUUACAGUGACCCCAAUGUGCUGUAUCUGUCUCUCCAUCGCUAUGAUGAUGGAAACUUCUUCCCUGGCAGCGGAGCUCCUGAUGAGGUGGGCAUUGGUCCAGGUGUGGGCUUUAAUGUCAACAUGGCCUUCACUGGAGGUCUGGAGCCACCAAUGGGGGAUGCAGAUUAUCUGGCAGCAUUCAGGUCGGUGGUGAUGCCGAUAGCGAAUGAGUUUUCUCCAGACGUGGUGCUGGUUUCCUCAGGCUUCGACGCUGUGGAGGGGCAUCCGCCACCUCUGGGAGGAUACAAGCUCACGGCCAAAUGUUUUGGCUAUCUGACCAAGCAGCUGAUGGGACUGGCCGGUGGUCGGCUGGUGCUGGCGCUGGAAGGAGGUCACGACCUCACCGCCAUUUGCGAUGCCUCUGAAGCAUGUGUUUCUGCUUUGCUUGGAAACGAGUUGGACCCUAUUCCCGAAGACAUCCUACAGCAGAGACCGAACGCCAACGCCAUUCAAUCCAUGGAGAAAGUUUUGGAAGUCCAGAGUAAAUACUGGCGUUCACUGCAGCGGUCAGUUUCGACUCUGGGUUACUCUCUCCGUGAGGCUCAGAGAUGUGAAAAUGAAGAGGCAGAGACGGUCACCGCCAUGGCCUCGCUGUCUGUGGCCAACAAGCACAUGGGGAAGAGGCCUGAGGAGGAGCCCAUGGAAGAGGAGCCUCCAUUGUAGAAGAUGGGCAGGACUGCUUUGGUGACCCUCUGGGCUCAGAGCCUCUUCCAGGCCUCUGAUGUCCCUCUAAUCUCUCCAUCCGUUUCAUUUUUUGUCCCACAAUGUGCGCUCUUUGAGCACGGGAUCCGAAACGGCCUGAAGAAAUCUCCGUGAGUGCGACUCAGCCGUGUUAGUCUGUCUCUGUCUGCGGCCGCUCGUCCAGGGAUGGCGUAUCCCCCUGGUCUGUCCGCUGGGACAUUUAACUUUCGAGCAGGACAUAGACUCACGUUCCAUCGUUAGAUGUGAGAGCUGGUGCUUUCGGACAUGAAACUUUGUUUGAUUUAUUCAUCACUUUCCAGAGCCACUAUGACUGAUUUGAUUUUGUCGUCUCUCUCUCUCUCUCUCUCUCUCUCUUUUAUUGUUUGUUUGUCUGUUAAUCUUUUAUCCGAGAAAAAAAAACAAAAAGUGACUCAUUUCAUUCGCCAUUCUUGCUUCUGACGUUCGAGACCCUCGAGGGUGGACGAUGUGAUUGGGAGCGACAAUUCGAGUUUGUGCCUUUUCAAAAAGAGUUUUUCCUCGAUGGAUUGAGAAGAACAUUGCCUUAAACUAGUUACAGGAGGGAAAGACGUUACGCCGCCUCAUUUGUUUUUGUUUUAAUUUUUGGGGUCAACGAAUCAAGAAAACCCUCAGCAUGUUUACCAGGAACUCCCUGCAGAUAUCGUCAUGUUUUUAUGUUCCCUCAUUUUUACUGUGCUUGUGUUGGACGUUACAUGACUUCAGCGAACUUUAAGGUAGUUGCCAGCUAUAAAGGGCAAAAAAAAAAAAAAAGCGGAGCCCUUCGAUUGAAUUCUCCAGCACUUACAAGAAGGCAAGCCAAUGUAGCGACUUAAUUCAACUCUAAUGACCAAAUACGCACCUCCCUCCUUUUUUUUUUUCCUUCUCCGACAAAGACGACGACUCUGAAAGGUUAACCAGCAUGCAGCUUUCCAUCUGCCAUCUGUCGUAGUUUAACAGCGCCAACGAGCAUGAGUUUGCUGCGAUCAUAUUAGGAUAGGGCUGCGAUGACCGUGCGUCAUACGAUUUGUAGUUCCAGACAAACUUUCUAGAUUUCCGCCCCUGGUUGUACUUUUAUAUAGCUAUGAAUGUCUAGUAUUCCGGGUUACUUUAAGGGCACUAGCAUAUAUCACUACUAACACUGAUACUACUCAACAAGCGGAGAAAAAGAAAAAAAAAA